AGCAGAAGAUGAAGAAUCCAAACUUGAUGUUGUUGGCGGGUGGUGGGCCGUCCGCCAUUUUGGAGAGAUCAACGGCAUGGUCGCCAUAGAGAUGCACAACAACUCGUACAUCCACGCUCUGGACACUGGUCUCUUCACUGUGGGCGCGCCGCACAAAGGUCAGAAGAACGCUUGCACCCGUGUUGAGGCAACACUCUAUGCAGCAGAACCACCUGAGCUUAAUCUCUUCCCCCAUUGGUCGCACAAAUGGAAACAGGAAGAAGCUUGGCUGUAGGGAACAGUUGGUGUAAGAGUAGCAUUUUAAGUUCCCGCUCGAUGUCCUUCCCGCCCCUCCUCAAGCUUUUCGGCAUAGCGAGGGAGUAGCAUAGACAAAACAGUGAGGUGCAUUCACGGACAUUGGGUCAUUACGUCUUUUUUUGGAUCAGUCAAAGACCGGCGACCCACUGAAAUUUGUUUGAAACAUAUUGUCCGAUCCCGGUGCCAAAUUGGUACUUUUGAAACUGGGCCGGUGCUUAACCAGCGCCUGAAGCGCUACUUUAAAAAAGGAAAACACAAAUUUUGUCUAAAAACAAUGCCUUGUUUGUUGUAUGGAAUUUUGUGACAUGCAAGUUGAACAGAGUAGCAAUAAUAAUAUAAUAUUUACAAUAGCAAUAAUAAUAAUAUUUACAAUAAUGGUAAAUAUUUCAAUAUUUGAGUCUGCAUCUAACACAGGAAAUACGGCUUUCAAUGUUAUUUUUCCCAGCAGAUAUAAGUAGAUUAGAUGUGUUUUGGUGUCACGACCACGUUAAAUGACAAUAUCACCUUCCAGCGCUUAUACAUGUUGUCCAUUUACCCAAAUAUUUUUUUUAAUUAAAUCUUUUUCAUUUUCAUUUUCUUCCUCCAAAAAUUGGCUUUUUUUCCCGCAGAAAAGACAUUUCAUUCACCCUAACAUUUUUUUCAUUUAGAGUUUUUUUACAUCCAAAAAUCAGCUGUUUUUUUCCACAGAAAACACAUUUCGUUCGCCCUAAUAUUUUUUCAGUUCCAUUUUUUCCUUCUGAAAGCAGGCCAUUUAUAACAUCUCAAUUACAGUAAUAUUUUGUUUAAUUUUGUCCCUUUUUUUCCUCCAAAAAUUGACAGUUUUUUCCACAGAAAACACAUCUCAAUUAUCCUACUAUUUUUUUUUAUUUUAUUUUAGUUUUUUAUUUAUCAUAAUCUUCUUUCAUUUCUUUUUUUUUUUCUAUGAAAAUUGGCCAUUUUUUCUGCAGAAAACACAACUUUUGAGGUGAGGUGCAACCAAACUUUUCAUCGUCUGUGCAGGUGAAAAGCUCGCAUCAAGUGUCAUUUUUGCCUAAUUUAGGUGCCACACUUCCCCACUCCAGUUCCAAGUUCCAAGUUUUGGAUGCUUUUGGUUUACUGGUUGUGAAGAGAGGCAGUAUAGAGGUUAUAUGAUAAACUAGAACCCCCAUGUCUUGGGAUGAUGCUUGUGCCACACUGUGAAUAAUGUCAUUCCUGCAGGUCAUUGGGCGGUUCAGCGCCCUGAGGGCUGCGCAAGAAAGGACAAAGCCUGAUUGUAAUGCAACACUGUACACCUUGUGAACAUGUUUUUCCACCUCAUCUACAUUUUAAAAGUCACUUUUACCGCAGUUUUCUGACUGUAACUUCAAGGAGAUUUCAUGAAAAUGUAGUUUUGGGUUGCAUUUACGCGUAGACCCGGGGCGUUUGUGGGGAGACGGUGUGCACACGUCAGACACGGCGGCUGAAGGGGGUUGAGUUGAGGGCAAGGACAGGGAGCGUAUGCGCCGUUUCCACAGCGCCUCAGGGCACAUCCGAGGGAGUGCUGCUCAUGUUAAUAGCGCAGCGCGCUCCCCCACGCCCACAAUUAAUUCAGCCCACGUUUAAUCAGAAACGGCCAACACUCUGCGGAGAUUGAAACACCCCCAAUUCCCCGGGUGGCUCCCCCCUAUCCUCGGCACGGGCACGUGAGCGCAUUUUCUGCGAGAUGAAAGAGGACACGAGCCGGCCUUUUGGAAAAGGAGGAAGAUGAGAUAUUUCACAUCGUCAAGCGCAGACGGCGGCGUUCACGCUCACUCGCAGCCGAGUUGAUGCUCUGUUCAUCUUCUCAUAAAAGCUUUUAUUCAGUGCACAGGCAACGUUUGAAGUCACUUCCCAACUGUCGUGCGAGUCUAGAAAUGAGGCGUAAAAGCAGUCAAACUUGCAUGCGAAAGGAGGAAUGCGAGUCCGGUCACUCGAGUGCCUCAUGCAUCUUAUUUUUUGAGUGUAAAAAGAAACCUACCACCUUUAGGCACCAUAUGGCUCGGGGUGUCCGACCGAUACCAUUGUCCGAUAUCGGCUUACAAAUUUGAUAUCGCUUCAUAUCAGUUAGGGAUGUCCCGACACAACUUUUUCACAACACAGUACCGAUAUCGCAGCCCUGAAUGUUGGCCAAUACUGAUAUCAAUCCAAUCCGACGUAAACAUGCAUCGUGCAUACUUUGAGUGUGGAAAAGAAUCCGUCAAGUGAUAUCACUCUAGCAUAGAACAGCAGCAAUGAGGAAAAGUCACCUUCAGACGGCAUCGCUUGUUUUGUUUGUUCGCCUCCGUGGUGUUGUUGGAUGUGUUGAACUUCCCUUGUGCACGGUGGCCUUUGCGCUUGUCCACAGCGUUUCUUUUCCGACUUUGUCGAGGGGUGCUGCCACGCAGCCGACCUGCCCGCCCUGCUCCUUUUGAUGCGACCAUGUGGGGGUGUCCAUGCUGGAUAGAAGGGCUGGAGUGCAGUCUGGAAUGGAGAGUGCUGAUAUUGCAGAUUUUAGAUGCAGACGUUUUAAUCCCAUACUUUUUUUUUUUUUUUUUUUUUUGCUGAUGUUGGACCGAUGUCGGAUAAUAUCAGAAUUAUUUUUUUCUGCUGAUAACGAUAUUGGUGUGCAAAAAUUGUACUAUUGUACAACAGAUGAAUAAAAAGCAUCUCCUUCCAUCCCUCAUGCGUGAGGGGUGGUGGUGAACUAAAAGACCCUCAGGAGCCCAGAAGAGGCUUUGCAUUAUUAAUGGCAAAAAGCAGGUAUGUGGAAAUUAUGCACAUGUUCAUAACAGUGCAGGAUUUGUUCCCCUUUUUAGAAUAUAAUAAGUGCAUGGCUCAGAUCAAGGGUACCCUUUGCUGUCUUCAACUUGACUUGAGUAGUAUUUGAAACUGUUGUUGUAACAAUGUGUACUAUCCCUAUCACUCUGACGUUUAUAGAGGGAGGAAGCUUACCAAACCAUAAAUGAAGCCUGUUCAUGUUUUUAUUUUGCGCUAGCACGGCAGUGUUGUAAAAAAGUGUCUAUAUUUGGACAUUGAAAUGUUCCAUGUAAAGCAUGUGAUUUCUACUUAGAAUUAAAUAAUGAUGUCUGAAAUUGGUUUCUAAUGUGUUUUACUCAAAUAUUCUCAGUGUAAAAAAAAUAACUUGUGUAAUCAUUAGUGAAAAGUACAUAACCUUCGUGUCCGCCUGCCGUUUUUUUUUUUUACCUCUCAUAGGUCGCCGUUCGUGUCGUGUGCACGAAGCGGCGAAAAAAACACGCGAAGUGGGCAAAAUGAUUCAUCAUUACUGGUCGGAUUUGACUUACUUUUAUCCGUCGUAUUAUAUGUUGUUGACAUUUAUCCGAACCAAAUAAAUUCUAGCGUGUUCGUUGAUAAAUUGCUCCGUAUUUAACCCGGAAGCCGGCGUGUCCCUCAUGGGAGGUCAAAGAUGGCCUUGUAAUUUUAGGUGUUUAGCAUGAUAAUUGAAGAACCACUCACUCAGUCCAUUUCACUGAAUCCUGGCUCAUGUUGCCACAGUGCUGCAAUGAUUAGCUUGUAUUGUGGAGUUGAUAGGUCAAAGUUGAUGUCAUUACAGUGUUAAGAACGGCUGAUGGGAUUUGUAGUCUUUUUACUGAUACAAUGACAGUAAUGACAGUAACAACAACGGCAUGGGAAGGACUGAAGGUCAAUUUUUCUUUGCCAUAUUUUCAGAGCUUUAACUGAAGAUCUAGAUUUGUCACUUGUUUUUAUUUACUUUAAGAUACUCUCAAAUAUAAGUUACUUUUCUAACAAAAGUCAAAUCUAUGCAGAGAUAACAGCAUAAAGUGGACACCGAGUUAUGUACUUUACAUUGAAGAAAGAGUGAACUUGGCAGGGUUGCUAUGGGAAAUGGAAGAUGUCUCCAGCUCUGGUAUGUUGGGUGUGUGUUUUGCAAUGUUUGAAGUUUGUGUUGAUAACAUUACCAAGGUCUAUCCACCAGUUUGACAUUUUACCCAAAAUGUAACACUUGGGUACCCUUCAUCUGAGCCAUGCACACAUACAUUUUAAGCCUUCCACAUAUGCAAGACAUCAUAGUGUUACGAUGGCUGCACUUUUCGGCACGCUCUUGUAGACUUUUUUUAAGACCUCCACCAAGGCUCACCAAUCCUAAAUAUGUCCGUCUGGUUUGAUGGUGUGGUAAUAUCAUUAAUAGGCCUGUCACAAUAAUCGAUAAAAUGGAUUGAUCCAGCGCUAAAAAAAAAACGGCUCGCUAAUUAUGACGUCAUCGAUAAAUAGACAUGUGCCCGCAUGCGUUCGUGUUCCAUCCGCUCGUCUCUCUGUCUGACUCUUUACUACACAGGCUGAUGACCAAGACGCUUCACCCUGCAUCUCCUGGUUCUGUAGUGGAACAAACGGAGAGAGUGAAGCCUCAUCUCAUUCAGCCUCUUUGUGGAGGCGGGGCUACUAGUGAGUGAAGGCACAGAAGCCAUGGUUUCUGAGGCGAACGCGACAGCCCCAGUGUGGGAAUAUUUUGGUUUUCAACAGAAUGAACAAGGUGAGCGCAUGAACACCGACGACACGGACAGUUUUCUCAACUGGGGAAAACAAAAACUACUGGAGCCUUCGUCCCGACGGUCAACGCUUACCGAGGCGUUUGGUCGGCAAAAUGAUGAAGGACCCGACCCUCCUGAACAGUUCACUGCUGUCAAGCUGUCUGACAGCAGGAUAGCCUUGAAGUCCGGGUACGGGAAGUACCUGGGGCUCAACUCCGACAGUUUGGUGGUGGGCCGCUCUGACGCCAUCGGCUCCAGAGAGCAGUGGGAGCCCGUCUUUCAAGAAGGCAAGAUGGCUCUCCUGGCCGCAAACAGCUGCUUCAUCUCCUACAGCCCCAGCGGCGACAUCGAGGCCAAGAGCAAAACGGCGGGCGAUGGCGAGAUGGUGAAGAUCAGGUCGUGUGCGGAGCGAGAGGUCAAGCACAAAGACGACAUCGCAGAUGAGGACCGAGGCAACGUGAAGUCCUGUGAGGUCAAUUACGUGAAGAAGUUUCAGAGUUUCCAGGACCGUCGCCUCAGGGUGAACGAGGACGAGACGUGCUCGCUGAAGAAAGCCAGGCUGGACGGGAAGUUUCACGAGGCUUUACUCGACAGGAGGAGCAAAAUGAAAGCAGACCGGUACUGCAAGUGAAACAGUUGCAGGGUCUUUUUUUUGUAAAUGUUUUUUUUAGAAUGGACUAUGUCUUCUGAUUUGCUAUGUUGGAAUAAACUCGUCAUGGUCAAAUCA